AACUGUGAUGGAUAAUGGAAACUUAGCUAAACACUACACUCUUCUCCUCAUACUAUAGUUAUUGCACGUGUAACUAGACCACAUUCACGUGUACGUUUUGCUUUUGACUUUGGAGAUUUUAAAUUCAUAUAAGAAAAUAUGUUCCUUUAUAGUAAUACAUAAUUAAAUCCCCAAUAUUUGAUCAAUGAUAAGUCUAGCUAAGAUUAGCUCAGUGUGGACCAGAUACAUCAUUGAGUGGCUGUAUAUUCAUAGGUUAUUAUCAGGAAUGUAUUCAAAGGGAAAGAAAGGACAGAAUACUAGAGAUGCUAGGCAUCAGAAAAAGAUGGCAUGGGAAAGCUCAAAGUGAGUUUUGUAUGCAACUCGACACUACGGAUGGAGAAAAUAGGCCGGGAUGGGAGCUCCAGCAGUGAUGAGGACUUAGUGCCUCUAUCAAAGCUGCUGAUGAGGCAACAGAGUGAUGAGAAGGAGUCAUGCGACAAUACCCGCAGCUUAUCCUCCAACUCCAACAAUAAAUCAAAAAAGGACAAAGGUUCAGAUGGCUCCUCGGAUGAUGAGCCGCUAGUAAAGAUGAAGACAAGCCUUGCACCACCUAAGAAACAAGAGAAAAAGGAAAACACACCACCCAAAUCUAACAGCACAAAUAACAAGAACACAGACGAAGACUCUGACAAUGAGCCUUUGAUAAAAAUUGCCAAAAUUUCCUUGAAAGCUGUGAAAAAACCUCCCUCAGUUCCAACCAAAAAAGCUGCUGGUAGAAAGAAGAAAGAGUCACUGGGCAAGGACGACAGCUCCGAUGAUGAGCCUUUGAGUCAAGUUGCCGAGAAACCUCGGUCACGGCACGAGAGAAGAGCAGCUGCUGAAAAAGCAAACCCGGUUACCAAAUCCAAAAGAAAUGCUGCAAAGAAAAAGGUUAAAUAUACUGAGACGUCCACUGACAGCUCAGAUGAUGAGCCACUGGCGGCGAUAAAGAGGAAGUCAUCGAAACAUAGAGACAGCAGCUCAGAUGAUGAUGUGCCCCUUGUGGACCUCGUUGCCAAGAAAAGGAGGCCAGUGAAGAAAAGCCCAAAGAAGAGCACCGUAACACGAGGGCGAGCAUCAAACAAGAGAAAAGCAGAAGUCAGUGAUGAUAGCUCAGAUGAAGAACCGUUGAUUAAUCUUGUGAAAAAACCUCGUGCUAUCAAAAAACCCAAAACAAAGGCUCCCACUCCGAAGAAGAAGAGUACUCCUUCUAGGAGUCCAAGAAAGAAGCCAGGUAACAGUGCAGAUGACAAGCCAUUGAAGGCAGCUAAGCAUCCACAAGUGACCAAAACCCUGACAAUCCUACUAGAGAGGUGUGAUGCUGGACACGCUGGGGCAGCAGGAAGCCUAAAGAAAGCCAGCAAAGGAGAAAAACAUGUUGCUGAAAAACCAGAGGAGGAGGAUUCGGCCGGUUCAGAAGAAUCUUCAGAAGAAGAAUAAGUAAAUGAAACAAAUUUCUCAAAGCGUUGUGAAACAUAACGGUCACAGUUAGUGUUCAUGUAAACUUCUUCACUGUGCUUUAGCUCACUAUUUGUUAAUUUAUGCCCAUUACAUUUUUACUCCAGAUUUUAGGUGUGGGACCAAAUUUUGUGGGUUCCUUAAAGAUUUUAUGCACUGUCUUUGAUGCUUUGUUUUUUAAUGUUACGUGCCAAUUGUUUGCAAUUUUUGAUUCCUAUGAGUUUAAUUUAAAAAAGAAGAAAACAGUGUAGCUCUCAUUGCUGUAAGUUACAUUUCACCUUUCAGGCAUUUUAGCUUUUUAAGUACACCCUCAGCAUGCAGCUAUAAAAUUCGUUGUGUUGGAAUUAAAGUCCUUUCACAAAGAAAUUCACAUAAGAGUAAGUCACAUUUGUUCAGCUUUCAGUGAUUCUUUUUUUGUCAUUGUUUGUCAUGCUAAUAACCCAAAUCACAAAGGACGCCUUUAGAUUUGUCCAUCACAGACAUUGAUUUGUAUGCAUGGUAAUUACAAAAACACCACUUUUUUCUUAGUGAUUCUACAUUUCAAUUUGUCCUAAUGAGGUCACCCAAUACAGCUUUCUGUAUAGGUCUUACAUAUAGAGCUGGCAUUAUUCAUUAACCUUUUUUAAUUGUAUUUUCUUGGCUAACUUGUCCUGUUAGAAUGUGCUACCUUCAAAAAGUAGAGCUGCAACUAAGUAAUUAGUGUUUUGUUUUUAGUGUUUGUUUCAGUGUUUUGAAUACUUUUGAAAACCUGGUUUAAAAAAAAAAAGGGUUACUACAGUUACACAAUUUUCUUUUUCCAUAAGACUGUUAUAGGGUCUGCAACUAGUUAGCUUUAUUAUUAAUUUAAAAUGUCUUUAUAACAAAAAAAUGAAUAAUAAACACUGAAAAAGAUUUUAUAAAAUUUCCUAAAAUAAUAAAUAAAUGGUCAAAUUGCUUGUACAUAAUUUCUUCACAUUUUAAAAGGUGCAAUUAGAUCAUUUCUUGCCAUUUGUAAAAGAAAAAAGCCCCAAACAAACCCCAAAACAAAACACAAUGAAAAACUACUAUUAGACUUUUAAAAUCUCCAAAUAAUUGUCUGAUUUCUUUUGACUAACUUAUAAAGGUGAUAUUUUUGUUUGAUUUUUUUACACGACCUUUUCCCUUUGUUAUUUAUUUAUCAUUUAAAUUUAAAAUGGCAUAUUA